CAUCUGGCUUCGAGACACAAGCAGCGUGGAAGAGGUCUCGGAGAAGGAGAACUCUGGUGCUCUGUCACAUUCUGCAUCCUCUUAAAUCAGAAGAGAGGUUGCCAUGGCUUUUGCCAGCUGCACUGGGCUGUUCAGAUCACUGGUUUUGGUGCUGGUUCUAGCACUCACCGUGAGGAGCUCACCCCAUGGGAGGGAGGCUCAUCCUCGACCCAUCAGGGAUAGUGGCUCCGUGAGGCUUCGAGAAGGUUGCCCGAACCAAAAGAAUCUCAAUUUCCCGACCACAGUGAACGUUAACAUUCGUAUUAGCAACUCAGAUUAUACCUCUAGAAUGAUCCACGAUGUCAGGAACCGGUCUCUUGCUCCUUGGGACUACAGGCUGGAUGAGGACCCCAACCGCUUCCCCCGGGUGAUUGCUGAAGCCAAGUGCCGCCUCUCCGGCUGCGUGAACACACUGGGGCAGGAGGACCACAGCCUCAACUCCGUCCCCAUCCGACAGGAGAUCCUCGUCCUCCGGCGGGAGCAGGGGGGCUGCGAACCCAUCUUCCGCCUGGAGAAGAAAGUCAUCACCGUGGGCUGCACGUGUGCUGCUCCAGUCAUCCACCACCAGUCCUAG